ACCAAUCACAGCAGGUCACAUGACCGUUGUAUACAAUAGAUGGCUUCAUUUAUGCCAUCCAUUGUAUACUAGUGUGUCUAGCUGUGAAUGGUCCAGGGGCGGACUGACCAUUUGGAAACUUGGGCACUGCCCUAGGGCCCGGGGUGAGUAGGGGGCCCCAUGAGAUGCCCCUGGUACCUUUUUCAGAGACUUUUUUGAGUUUGGGCAAGGACACAGGGGCCCCAUGAUCCCUAUUGCCCGGGGGCCCCAUGAGUUGUCAGUCCG